UUGUAUUUUGUAGUUGAUGCAAGUUGAUGAUAAGAAAAUGUUGGCGGUUGGCGCUGUAAAGCGCCAAAAGAGGAAAACUGGUGAAAAGUGAUUGAAAACAUUACUUGGACGGGUCUUCUUAUUUAAUGAAAAGCAUUUUGACAAUCUGUGAAAUAAGUCUGAUAAUCAUGAAGAAUUUGAGGCGUUAUCUUACUGACUCUGUGAAGACUUGUGAGCGUUCAUCGGUCAACUCUGAAGAGGUUAUUAAAGAGCGCGGGAAGGUCGACGAUGGGCCUGAUUCAGGGUGCACUCCCAGGAAGAAACGUACUCGAGUGAAAAUAAAAAUUACUCAAAGGAAUUCGGAGGGUAGAGUUUGCGAUAUUAUUGAGAAUAACAGUGACCUUGUGGAUAAGACUCCAAGUCCAUUUUCUAAGGUCGAUAAUGAGAAUUUAAAAAGUUCUCGAACGGAUACGCCAAAACGAUCAGUACCAGGUGACAUUUCGGCCAAGAGUAAAAGUUCUAACAGUACCUCGAAAAAAAAUAAUUUGGUUGAUGUAACUUCAUCGUAUUCAAAUGACAGAAACAGUAUGGAAUGUGAAAUAGAAACUGUUAGGUUGGAUAAAAAUGAAGGAGAUGAUGUAAUUAGUAACAGCGAUGAGAGGGUGGAAUCUAAUGCAUUUGAUGUACUUAUGACGAGAAACAAACCAGUGGAGCUUAAUCCUCCACCACAAUUGUCUCCGCAAGAGGCAGAACACCUGGCUAAAAAAGGAGAGGAGACUAAGACUAAACUUAAACAAAAUAAAGAGAAAUUAACUUCCUUAGCUGACAAAAAAGGCUAUGCCAAAAGAAAGCUUGCAGAACUUGAAGAAAGUGAAAGAAUAGAAAAGAGAAUACACAACAGAACAAAAAUGUUUAAACAAGAAGCUAAGAAAGAUAGUAGUGAAAUUGUUAACUCAUCUACUGGACAAAGGCAAAAUACUCAUAAUUUACUUAAUUAUUUCAGCAAAACAGCACCAGAACAAAAAAAAAUAGAUGCCACAAUGUCAUCGACUAUUGUUGUUACAGCAGAUAUACAUACUCCUCAUGUAAAUACCUCUACACCAAUUUUACCAAAAAAUUCUUCAGGAACUGUAGAAAAUUCUAAGAGGAAAAAACUUAAAUCAAGAAAUUUUGUAUCCAAUGUGGAUGAUAUCAAAUUACUGAGAUCUGAAAUUACUGAUCCAAAUAGUUCUCCAGAGGAAGUACAGGGAGAACUAAUAAGGAAUAAACCAAAGUGGUCCUUGCGAAUAAAACUUCAGUCUCACGACAAAGAAACAUCUGCAUCAGAAAUUGAGGAUAUGAGUGAUGAAGCCAUGUUUUUGCCAAGAAACAAUGAAAAGACAAGACGAAAGCUGUCGCUUAGAAAAACAGGAAAAGUGUUAAUUACCAGUACUACAGAUUCUACGACUGAGAGUCGAGAAAUUAAGCGAAACAGCAGAACUACAAGUGAGAGUAUUAAAAAAAACGAAAGGAGUAACGAUACGAAACUAAAUAUGAAAAAGAAAUUCGAUUCCAAAAUGGAGAAAAUUGAAGAAAUUGAUGUUAGCAUUGUAACGAUUGACAGUGAUACGGCAGAGCAAGAAAAUGGUAAAGUCUCUAAAGAGAAUGUCCCAAAAAUAAAUUCUCAAGACAAUUUUUCAAAAAGCAAUUCUCAGGAAAAUUAUCCAAAAAGGGAGAAAUUGGCUCCACUUUUUACAAAGUGCCGAAAACCCGAUCCUGCUGUUCUGGCAGCUCGCAGAUCCUUCUUGCAAUCUAACUUAAUUGAAAAUAAUAAAAGACCACAUAAAAAAUCAGAUUCAAAUGAUCCAAGAAGUCUUCCUAUAUUACCAUUUCCAAAAAUCAGUCACGUGACUCAACUCACUGAUGAAAUGGAAUAUGAAAAUAUAAAUUACAGUAAUGUUAGAAUAAAUUCAUCCUCAAAAUAUGAACCUGUACUCGACGUGACCCAGUUUCAAUUCGUGGUUGGACCAAAAAGUUCUACAUAUGAAUUAGAAUCAGCUAAUCAAGAAAUUAAAGCAGAUCCUAAUGAUAUCUUGAAAGAAAUAGAAGAGCGUUGUUCUGACGCAAGAAAUAUGUGGGAUAAAAUUGUUCCUACAAAUAACGAGGAACCAAAACAACGAUCUCUUCGUGGGCAAAAUAGAAAACGAAGAUCAAAUGAUAAAAAAGAAUCAAAACAAAAGGAGGAAACUGAUAAGGUAAAUUCUGUGUGGACCUACAAAUAUAAGCCCACCAGCUCUAAAGAGGUAGUAGGCAAUGAGGAUGCUGCUGUGAAAUUAAAAAAUUGGUUAGACAGUUGGAAAUUAUCAUUACCAACUGACGGCUGUGAUAGUGAGGAUGAUUUUUAUUCAUCAGACUGUAGCUACAUCAGCAGACGUGAUAAUGAUCAAGUGGCAAUUCUGCUAGGACCGCAUGGUAGUGGUAAGACUGCAAGUGUGUAUGCAGUUGCUGAAGAAUUAGGUUACAGUGUAUUGGAAGUCAACGCUUCUACAAAGAGGACAGGCAAGAAAAUUCUCAAAGAGUUUCAAGAAGCAACGAAAUCUCACAGAAUUAAAAAAGACUCUACACAAUCAACUCUGAUAUCAACGAUGAAGGAAACUAUGAAAAAGAUACCACAAAAGUCACUGAUCCUCGUGGAGGAUGUGGAUCUUAUAUUUGAAGAGGAUGAAGGAUUUAUCUCAGCCACCUUUCAACUAGCAUCCAAUACAAAACGCCCCAUAGUAAUGACUUGUGGAAAUACUUGUGUUCACUUAAAUAAAUUAGCACCGCAACAACUUAGAAUAUAUUUCCAACCAGCUACAGGAAAACGAGUAUCGGCUCACCUGGAACUGAUUUCAUUAGCAGAGACAGGUCACAAACUUCCACAAGAUUGCUUAGAAAAGCUCUUGGAACAAGGUGACUUAAGGAAAGCUCUACUGCAAUUACAGUAUUUAUUACUCUCUGGAAAUCCGCGCAUGACGUCAUUAUCGGCAACUCACGAUACUCUAUGGCAAGAUAUGCGGUACUGCAUUUACAAACCCGCCGUAAAGGCUGGUAAAAAAAAACCGAAAAACAUAACAGAUGUAAAAGUAUCUCAUUCUAAUCGCCACGAUGAAACCGUUCUGAAUAAUUUAGCUGAUAAUUUAGAUAGAAUUUCUUUGUUAUCUUCCUUGACAGAAGUUCAGGAUCCUACUGAAGCUUCUGUGAAUCUAAUAGCACCGUGUCUCUCACUUGUAGACGAUAUAGAACCCUAUUCGAGUCUAAAUGAUCUUAGCACAGAAAUAGCUGAUUGGCUCAAUCAGAAAGUUCUUCACAAAGAAACCCUACUGAACGCUUCGAAAGCAUCUGUUCGACAAAUAGGAUCACAACUUUCCAUAAAAAGACAAGUUGCUACUGGCGUUAGUAUCGCACUGUCCCAUGUAGUUCAGUUCUCUCUGGAACGUCGGGCCAUGUAUGUUGAUUAUCUACCGAGUAUCAGAACGAUAUGCAGAGCAGAACAUAUUCGAAGUACGAAUAACGAGAAAAGAAGCAGAAGGUUCUUUCACUAUUUACAAAAUUUUAAUCUGCCAAGCGCUUCAACCAAGCCGAAUAUUUUAGCAAUGGCGUGUAAAUCCUUGCAAGAGAAAACCGUAAAGAGCAAACAAGAGUAAUGAAUAUAUUAGAAGUAAAAUUAUUAGGGUCUCAUCAGUUUCAAGUGAAAUAUGAGUUAUCGGUUACAGUAUAGAAUUUUUAUAAUAUAUAUUAGUAGAGUGGUUUGCCGUUGGAUUUGUUUUACUAGGGCAGUUUCUUUACAAAAUGUUUUAUAUAAUUUUUUUUAUACCUACAGAACCCUUAAUACCUUAGACACCCGACAAUAGUCUCUAAUACCAAUUUCGUUUUGCAUGACAUAACAUGACAUUCGGUGUUUGUAUGGCUAAUAUCAUGA